AUGGCUGAGGACAAGCAAUCGUCGGUACCUAUCAGUGGUGGAGCGGCCUCUUAUACUGCCCCAACGCCGGUUAACACACCUCUUAAUGCUGCCCCCAUCUCUCUUGGCCUCUCGCGUCCCACUGUUCCCGAUAUCUCGGAGGACGAAGCCGAGCAACAACAAGGGCAUGAUCUCAUCAAUAAGCUACAAAACUUGAACCUCCGCCCUAGUGGUGUAGUUGAGGUCCUUCCAGCCCCGGUUUCACGGCGUGUAGAGGGAUUAAAGGGUGUGCAUGCAGAGUACUGCAAGAUCGAGCACGAGCUCAAACGCGAGAUGCUCGAACUGGAGAAGAAGUACCUUCUCAAAUUUACCCCUAUUUUCGAGCGCAGGAAAGCGAUCUUGCUCGGUGCUUCGGAGCCUACCCCUGAAGAGAUCGCAGCUGGCGAGGCUGUGAGCGAAAAGGAUGAUCCCGAGGCUGCCGCUACUGCUAAGUUGGAACGGGAGGAAGCCGAGAAGAACUUGAGUGAAGAAGACAAGGCUAUCAAGGGUAUCCCUCACUUCUGGCUUACUGUCCUUCGAAACCAUGACGGCCUUUCGGACCUCAUCACUGAGAAGGAUGAGGCUGCCCUCGAGUAUCUCACGGAUAUCCGGCUUGUGUACCUCUCGGAAGCCACACCUGGAUUCAAACUCAUCUUCGACUUUGCCCCAAACCCGUACUUUGAAAACGAGACCUUGGAGAAGAGCUACCAUUACCAGGACGAAUUGGGUGACACGGGUGAUUACAUUUAUGACCGUGCAGUAGGAUCGGAGAUCAAAUGGAAAGAGGACAAAGACCUCACAAAAGCGAUCGAAAUCAAGAAACAACGAAACAAGACGACGAACCGCACCCGUCUCAUUCGCCGUUCACACUCUGUCCCUUCGUUCUUCAACUUUUUCAGCCCUCCAGCUCAACCCACGCCAGAACAAAUUGAGAAUGGCGAAGUGGACGAAGAGUUACUGGAGGAGCUCGAUGAGAAGCUUGAAUUGGAUUACCAAAUUGGGGAAGACUUGAAAGAACGCAUUAUCCCUCGUGCAAUCGAUUACUUUACGGGCAAAGCCCUCGAGUACGAUAUUGCCGGUAUCGAAGAUGAUGAUGACUACGAGGACAUGGAUGAAGAUGACUAUGAGGACUCGUUCGAUGCUGGCCCCGGGGCCUCGCCUUCAAGGAGAGGAAAGCAAGGCAACGAAGAGUGCAAGCAGCAAUGA